UUGUUAAAAAACGCGUCAAAUUUCGGAAGAAUGUCUACGCCAAAAUCUGUUGAAUGUGCCGACAAAGACGAAAAGUUGAUUUCUGAAAGAUGCCCCUCCCCAGCACUUUCCGUAUCGACCACUGCUUCUGCGAAUGAAGGUCCACGAAAAAAAAAGAAGAAAAAAUAUCGUUCAGUUGAAUCACGCUUUAUGCAGCACCAUCUUCUUAAACCAACAAUAAGUAAAAAACCAACUGCUACUGGAAUUAAUAAGCAUAAUAUUAGAUCUGGCGGCUCCGUAAUCAGUAGAACAAACCUAAAUCUUCAACGACUUAAAGCUGAAGUACAUGAAAAACUCGGACAAACGAAUGUAACUCAUGUCAGCCAACAACCAUCAAUUAGCUUAGAUGAUGAAUUAACAAUGUUGAAUGCCAGAUUAACACAAUGGUAUUUCUUGAAUGCUAAAGCUGACCACGCGUUUGAUUGUCAAAAACGAUCUGCCGAGACUCAAUUAUUGGAUGCAUGGAAAUUACUUGUCAAGAAACAAGAUGAAUUGUCAAAUGCCUUAAGAAAAUUCUCUCUGGAAGAUGAUAUUUCAAGGCUUGAUACAACUUUGUCUUUUCAGGCGAAUUUGAUUUUACAAAUCAGCAAACAUUUAGAACAUUUCAAAACACGUUAUGUUACAUUUGCAUCAUCUUUGACAAGUCAAUUAUCAGAAGAAAUCGAGAUCUGUUCUAAUACUACUACUAACCUAUUGAAAAAAUGGGAAGAAUCAUCACUGAUCCAUGAUGUUGCUAGUUCGAUGCAAAAACUUUGUAUCAAUGUUAAAGAAGAGGUUCAAGAGUUGAAUGAAUGUAAUACACUUUUACGUGAAAUUUCAGAUGCAGAAAUAAUUGAAACUAGUUUAAGGAUAGAAAAGAUUGAAAACAUGAGCAAUUCUGAUUCAAAAUGGUCCAAAAGUUAA